GGGGGCGCGCCCCGCGGCGGCGGGCGCCGCCGGGCAGGCGCUGCCCUCCGCGGGCGGGGCGGCGCUGUGGGGCCUGGUGGCCGUGCUGGCGCUGGACAUCGCGAGGAACGGGUGGCCCGGCGCGGCAAGGGCGACUCGGGCUUCCGGCGGAUCCUCAGCGCCCUGUGGCAGAUGUCGAGGCCGCAGAACAUACCCAUGUCCAUGGUGCUGGUGAUCGCUGGCGCCUGUGGCGCGCGGGGGCUGUCCUGGCUCGCGCUGCCCGCCGUGCGGUGGCAGGUGCUCCUGUGCAUGCUCUUGACGGUCAUGGUGACCACGAGCAGCUGCAUGGUGAACGACUACUUCGACUACGUCGCCGGGGUGGACGGCGAGGAGUCCCAGGGCGACCGCCCGCUGGUGAAGGGCGACAUCACCCCCCUCGAGGCGAAGCGUGCCCUGAAGUGGUUCUACUUCGCCAUCAUCCUGGCGAUCUGCGUCGUCGAGUCGCGCUCGCUGCGGAUCUACGUGCUCUUCAACGCGCUCCUGACGUACGUCUACACGCAGGAGCUGAAGCCCCGGGGCUUCCUCUACAAGAACGGCUGCGUAGCGAUCGUCAUCUCCCUCGCCAUCGGGCUCGGGGCGGCCGCGGCGCAGGUCGACGCCGGCACGGCCCUCGCCGCCGGCAUCGUGCAGGUCUGGCCCGCCAUGGCGGCGACGUUCUGCGGCAUCUUCGCCCGCGAGGUCAUUAUGGACGUGACGGACGUCGAGGGCGACA